UCGUUUUUAAAGUUGCUGCUGGCCAUGCAAGUUGCAACCGGUUUGGACGUGACGUCCGGUGCGUUCGAUUCGACCGUCGUAACGGCCAACAAGCAGCCGAUCACAAUCAGCAACAACGCCAACUCUCAGAUUGUUCAAUUCGAUGAUUUGCCACGUGAAGUCCAGCAGCAAGUGGUGGAUGCCCUCCAUCAACAACAGGCGGGCAAAGGCCAGUCCGGCAACAAGUUGGAACAGCAACAAGCCUCUCGUCCUGAUCAGGUGGUCAAAGAUCAAUCGGUUGUUGUGUUCGAGGUGGAGAAAGAAGGGCCUCAGAAUGCGGACCCAGCCAACGAAAAGGUCCAGCUGACUGAAGAGCAACAGGGCCAGCUGGCCCUGAUGCUUUUGCGCGAGCAAGACGUCAUGCAGCAAAUCCAACAGCAGCAACAAGACAGCCAACCGUUAAUCGUUCCAGGCGAUGGUGGAGCUUUCAUUGUCGAUUCAGAUCAACUGCCACCAGAGGUCAAAGAAGAGGUCAUGAGGCAGUUGAACGAACAGAUCCAACAGGCCCAACAGGUCCAACUCGGCGAAGGACAAGAACUCGGUGGCCAACCUUCUGACGAGGAACUGGCCCAAGUGUUGACUCGCAUGGCCGUCGAUGAUGGAAACGGAAAUCAGUUUGUCGACAUGGACGGCCUUUCGGAGGAGACCCGGGCUCAAGUGGCUGAAUACCUAAUCAGGCAGCAACUGGAGAAAGGUGCGAACGAAGAGGACAAACAACAGCAAGUGAAACAAACGUCCAACACGGACAAACAAAGCGGCAGCCAAGUGGGAGGCAUCAUCGGCAGUUUGAUUGGUGGAGCUGUCGGAGGCUAUCCGUCACAAGGAAAUUACGGCUAUCCUCAGCAAGGUGGUUAUCCAGGUGCCUAUCCAGGGGGUUAUCCUCAAUACGGCGGAGGUUAUCCUCAAUAUGGCGGAGGUUAUCCGGGUGGGGGUUAUCCUGGUGGGGGUUAUCCAGGUGGAGGUUAUCCAGGAGGCGGUUAUCCAGUACAGGGAGGGUAUCCAGGCGCAUACCCUGGUUAUCCCCAACAAGGCGGUUAUCCUGGGGGACAACACCGUCCGCCUGGUUCUGGCCAUCGUCCCAACAGGCCGGUAGGACCCUAUUACGGAAGACCUUUCUGGGGUUUGAGUGAACCACAAUUCCAGGAACAACAGAGGCCGUACGGUAUCCUAGUCACUCGAGAACAACUAGCCGCCCUGCUCAGCGGAUCUGCCCAGCCUAUGAACGACGGCCAAGUGAUCGUUGCCCAGCCGAGUUUCGUCGGACAAGCGAAGCCUCAGGAUCCAUUCGCUGCCAUUUAUCAACAACUUUACCAGCAAUCUCAGUCGUUUGGUGUCCAACCAGCUGCCCCUAAAUACGGCCGUUAUCGAGCCCUACCUGUCCAGCAUAAACAGCCAAUGCACUUGAAACAUCAUUAGGUGGAUUGGUCAGACUGUUUGGCCAUCCCCUAUUUGAACGUAAGCUUUGUCCGAGAGUGUCGUGUUUUAUUUUUCUUGUACGUUUUUGACGGUUCGUAUCACGUUAUUCUUUUGUUUGUUUUUUCGGAAAGGAAGCGUGGCUUUGAAUUUCGGUAAUUGCCUUUGGUUGUUUAUGUUUUUCAAAAAAUGGAAAUACAUCGGGAGAAACAUUCCGUCGCCGUGUCAACUGAAAA